AUGGGUCGCUGCUCUGGGCGCCACAAGAUCGUCUUCCUCCACACUUUCCAGCUGCCUCCCUCGGCUUCCUGGCACGCCGUGUGGGCGGCCGUCUGGGUCACCUGGAAUGUCUUCAUUAUCUGCUUCUACCUGGAAACGGGGGGCUGUCAAAGCAAGCUCCUGACCUUCCACCUGCCCCGGCACCGUUCCUGGUGGCCCCUGGACGGCCAGGCCUUGGUGCCGGGCAUCGGCUGCGCCCUGUGCCCUGGAGCACGGCUACAAAGAGGCCCUGUGGAUCCUGGUGGCGGCUGUGGUGGCCCUGAGGAGGCCACUCUCCCUGGGCCCACGUGGGUCACAGAAGGCCGACAAAACCUGAUGCAGUCACCAGAGGGGACUGGCCGGAUCUGGAGGCUCCUGACUUUGCCUGGUGUGCACGGGGGUGUCCGGGUGGAUGUCGGGUUUGUAGCACGGGUUCUGAGCCAGCGGCUGGUACUGGAACUUGUGGGCUUCGUCUAUGGCUGCUAUGUGGUCAGCGUUUUCACCGAGGAGGACAGCUUUGAUUUCAUUGGUGGAUUUGACCCAUUUCUUCUCUACCAUGUCAGUGAAAAGCCUUCCAACCUCUUGUGCAAGCAGGCGUCCUCGUAA